AUGGAUUCUUCACAAGGGUCUACUAUUGCUGGUUUCGUGGACAAUGCAUCCAUUCAGAGGAAAGAGUCUACUUUUGAUGGCGUUCCUGUAUAUGCCAAGGAGCUAAUCGCCGGAGGCUUUGCUGGUGCGCUUUCUAAGACCACUGUUGCACCUCUCGAACGAGUCAAGAUACUUUGGCAGACAAGGACCCCAGGAUUUCAUUCUCUUGGGGUGUAUCAAUCUUUAAAUAAAUUAGUAAAGCGUGAAGGUUUUCAUGGAUUAUAUAAGGGAAAUGGAGCUAGUGUUAUCCGCAUUGUUCCAUAUGCAGCCUUGCAUUUUAUGACAUAUGAGCGCUACAAAAGUUGGAUCUUGAAUAAUUAUCCAGUGUUAGGUUCGGGUCCUUUUAUUGAUCUUUUAGCAGGCUCUGCUGCUGGGGGAACGUCAGUUUUAUGUACCUACCCCUUGGAUCUGGCUCGUACCAAACUUGCUUACCAGGUGGUGGACACAAGAGGAAGUAUCAAAGAUGGUAUGAGAGGACUUCAACCGACACAUAAUGGAAUUAAAGGUGUGCUCACAAGUGUCUAUAAGGAGGGGGGAAUUCGUGGACUUUAUAGGGGUGCAGGACCAACCCUUACUGGAAUUCUUCCAUAUGCUGGUUUAAAGUUCUACAUGUACGAGAAAUUGAAGACUAACGUUCCAGAAGAACAUCAAAAUUCCAUUAUGAUGCGUCUUUCUUGCGGAGCUCUAGCUGGAUUGUUUGGGCAGACUUUAACAUACCCUUUAGAUGUUGUCAAGAGACAGAUGCAGGUUGGCAGCCUGCAAAAUGCUACUCAUGACAAUGUCAGAUACAAAAAUACCGUUGAUGGACUUAGGACGAUUGUUCGUAAUCAAGGAUGGAGGCAGCUGUUUCAUGGCGUAAGCAUUAACUAUAUAAGGAUUGUUCCUUCAGCUGCAAUUAGUUUCACCACAUACGACAUGAUGAAGUCUUGGCUUGGCAUACCACCUCAACAAAAGUCUCGAUCAGUUUCGGGAGCAUGA